AUGAUCUGGCCGCCGGGAUGGAGGACGUGGACUUUGACGACGAGGGGGUGGAAGAGCCCGACGCGGAGGCUUGGGAGACGGAGGACGAGGGGGUGGAGGACGGCAUGGAGGCACAGGACGACAGCGAGGUGACCUUCUCCCUUCACUCAGCUUCUGUUUUCUGCGUGAGCCUCGACCCCAAGACCAACGCGCUGGCGGUUACGGGCGGGGAGGACGACAAGGCCUUCGUGUGGCGCGUGAGCGACGGGGAGCUCCUGUUCGAGUGCUCAGGACACAAGGACUCGGUCACCUGUGCUGGUUUCAGUCAUGACUCUGUGUUUGUGGCCACGGGUGACAUGUCUGGGCUUAUCAAAGUGUGGCGGGUAGAUGCCAGAGAAGAGGUGUGGUCCUUCGAGGUGGGGGACUUGGAGUGGAUGGAGUGGCACCCUCAAGCUCACGUCCUUCUGGCGGGCACGGCUGAUGGCAACUGCUGGAUGUGGAAGAUCCCCAGUGGAGAAUGCAAAACCUUCCAGGGUCCUGCGUGCCCGGCCACGUGUGGCAGGAUUCUGCCUGAUGGGAAGCGAGCAGUGGUGGGGUAUGAGGAUGGGACCAUGCGCAUCUGGGACCUGAAGCAGGGAACCUCACUGCAUGUCCUGAAAGGCCAGGACGGCCACCAGGAUCCCUUGACAUGUGUGGCCAGUAACCAGGAUGGCAGUUUGAUCAUGACAGGCUCUGUGGACUGUCACACCAAGCUGGUCAACUCCGCCACGGGCAAGGUGGUGUGCGUGUUCAAGAUGGAAAGCUCGGCCCCCAAGGCCCCAGCCGGUGAGGGUGAGGAGGCAGAGUCCAACUCGGUGGAGUCACUGGGAUUCUGUAACGUGAUGCCACUGGCUGCUGUGGGCUACCUGGAUGGCACGCUGGCUAUCUAUGACCUCUCCACGCAGACCUUGAGGCAUAAGUGCCAACACGAGUCAGGGAUUGUGCAGCUGCUGUGGGAGGAGAGCUCGGCCGUGGUGUACACCUGUAGCCUGGACGGGGCCGUGCGGCUCUGGGACGCCCGCUCGGGGAAGAUGAUCAGCGAGUACCGAGGGCACGCGGCUGAAAUCCUCGACUUUGCCGUCAACAAGGAUGCCUCCAUUGUGGUGACGACCUCCGGCGACCACCAAGCCAAAGUCUUCUGCGUCCAGCGCCCCGAUCGCUAGGGACUGUGCUGAGGGAUGGUGUCCUGGCUCUGCCAGGUGGUUCAUGUACAGCAGGAUGAGAGAGAUGGGUUUCAUCACCCUCCUCCAGUGUGUGCUUUGUAAUUUUCCAGCUUGCCCCACUCUGCCCCCUCUAGCUGGAGGCUGGGCCUGGGGUUUUAUAUGAAGAUGUCUUAUAAUUAUAUAAAUUAUUUCACGUAA